AUGAAUGAUGACCGUCAGAACGCUCUCACCUCUAAACAAAUAUAUGCUCUGGGCAAAGAAAAUGCUAUUCAAUUUGAUCUAGCGAAGACGGAACUAGUACACUUCUCUAUAUCCAAAGAUACGAAGACAGCCUCAAUCAAGCUUCCGAACGAGGAGAUAAUUCAACCCUCAACAUUAGUCAGAUGGCUAGGCAUAUGGUUCGACCCUGGCCUCAGUUUCAAACAACAUGUCACAAUCCGAGCUACCCAGGCUAAAACCUCAUUCUACCGAAUGGCUAGACUUGCUAAUUCUGAAAAAGGCCUUAGUCCCAAGGCAAUGAGACAGCUCUAUAUGGCAUGCGUCACCAGCAUAGCUGACUACGGUUCAAUUUUAUGGUGGAAAGGGCAAAACCAAUUCAAGAAAAUCCUUCAAUCCUUGCAGAACCUCGCCCUUCGAAAAAUCCUAGGAGUAUUCAAAACCUCACCAAUAAAACCAAUGGAAAUAGAAGCCGCAUUGUGCCCUCCAGAAGAUAACCCCAUAGUCCAACCUACCAUGAAAUAUCUGCUUCAUACUAAAGCAGGAAUCAUCAAGACCCUCGAAUUUAUCGAGGCGACGAGAAUAGCCACCAGAUCAUGGCAUCUCAAUAGAAUGCAUGAAGAAGAAGAGGAAGAAGGCGGAGAAGAAGGGGGUGGACCGGAAGAUUGUGAUUGA